ACAUCCGCUUGACUCGUUAUCUGUGUUGGAAAAAGGACUUUGUGAAACUGCAGCGAUGUCAGUACAGGUUGUGGCAGCGAAAAUGGCCGAGGUCGAACUCAAAGACGUCCCCGGCAAAGACUUAGCAGCUGAAUCCCCGGUGACACCGAUGUCCGAGGGUAAAAACCUCGCCAAGAACGACCCACAUGAGGCCGGUUCCUCUGCCGCUGCGUCCCCAACGGCUGAGCCCUCCGUGAAAGCCGGGGAGUCGAGCCCGGGCUUGCUCACCCCGAACCCCGUUAAGAUGCCGCAGGCGUCGGCUAUGAAGCGGCCGGACCCGCAGCAAAACGGCGGGGAGGCUUUUGUCAACCGAGACGGUACCGUGGCCGAAGCACCGCGGAUGAAAAAGCAGAUCCAGUUUGCAGACCAGAAGCAGGAGUUCAACAAGCGUCCCACCAAGAUCGGCCGACGUUCACUGUCCCGCUCCAUCUCCCAGUCCUCCACAGACAGCUACAGCUCAGCGGCAUCGUACACGGACAGCUCUGAUGAUGAGACGUCUCCCCGAGAUAAACAGCAGAAGAACUCCAAGGGCAAUGGGGACUUCUGCAUCAAAAACAUCAAACAGGCCGACUUCGGACGCAGAGAGAUCGAGAUCGCUGAGCAAGAGAUGCCAGCGCUGAUGGCUCUGAGGAAGCGAGCCCAGGGGGAGAAGCCCCUCGCUGGGGCCAAGGUGGUUGGCUGCACCCAUAUCACUGCCCAGACUGCUGUGCUGAUGGAGACUCUCUCAGCAUUGGGGGCUCAGUGCAGAUGGGCAGCCUGCAACAUCUAUUCCACCCAGAACGAAGUGGCAGCUGCAUUGGCAGAGGGAGGUUUCAGUGUGUUUGCGUGGAAGGGUGAGUCAGAGGAUGACUUCUGGUGGUGCAUCGAUCGCUGUGUCAACCUGGAGGGCUGGCAGCCCAACAUGAUCCUGGAUGAUGGUGGAGAUCUGACUCACUGGAUCUAUAAGAAAUACCCCAACAUGUUCAAGAAGAUCAAGGGCAUUGUAGAGGAGAGUGUUACUGGUGUGCACAGGUUGUACCAGCUGUCGAAGGCAGGGAAGCUGUGUGUUCCAGCCAUGAACGUCAACGACUCAGUGACCAAGCAGAAGUUUGACAACCUUUAUUGCUGCAGGGAGUCCAUCUUGGAUGGCCUGAAGAGAACCACUGACGUCAUGUUUGGAGGCAAGCAGGUAGUGGUGUGCGGAUACGGAGAGGUGGGGAAGGGCUGCUGUGCUGCCCUCAAAGCCAUGGGCUCCAUCGUCUACGUCACAGAGAUCGACCCAAUCUGUGCUCUGCAGGCCUGCAUGGACGGCUUCAGGCUGGUGAAGCUGAACGAAGUCAUCAGACAAGUGGACAUUGUCAUCACUUGCACAGGCAAUAAGAACGUGGUGGUGAGAGAGUACCUGGACCGUAUGAAGAAUGGCUGCAUUGUUUGCAACAUGGGACACUCCAACACUGAGAUCGAUGUGGCCAGUCUGCGGACCCCGGAGCUUACCUGGGAGAGAGUGCGCUCUCAGGUGGACCAUGUCAUCUGGCCUGACGGCAAGAGGAUAGUCCUACUGGCUGAGGGUCGUCUGCUGAACCUCAGCUGUUCCACUGUGCCCACAUUUGUGCUCUCCAUCACGGCCACCACCCAGGCCCUGGCUCUGAUAGAGCUGUACAAUGCUCCAGAGGGACGCUACAAGCAGGAUGUUUACCUGCUGCCCAAGAAAAUGGAUGAGUAUGUGGCCAGCCUACAUCUCCCUACGUUUGACGCCCAUCUCACCGAGCUGACUGAUGAACAGGCCAAGUAUCUGGGCUUGAACAAGAACGGGCCCUUCAAGCCAAACUACUACAGGUAUUAAACCAAUGGCAAGGUUGGACUGAAGAAAUACCAAUACUCCACAAAUCGCACAGACCCAGAGAGAGGAAGAGGAAGAGGAGGAGAGGAAGGAAGGACAGAAUAGUCAACACACCUGCUUUAUAUACGGGGGGGAGGGGGGAGGACGGGGAGGGAGGGGCGUGGCUUUCCCUGCGCUUUUGGCAGUCGUUUUAUUUAUUCACGCUAGACGACGAUAAUAAUGAUAUUAACUCUAACUUUGCGGAGCUGCUCCUGCCAUUCGCUGCUAGCUAGCGCCCCGUUACGUGACGACAUCUUCUCCUGGAGGAUGUUUUCUUUUCUUUUUUUUUUUCCUUCUUCUUCCUCCUCCCCAUCAUUUCAUCGCCAUCGUCUCUUUCUCUUUCGACGCUCAUUUGUGUGUCAAGUCGUACGUAAUUCCUCCACCCCCCUCUCCCUUCCUUUUUGCCAGAUCUUUUAUUGUUUAACUACUAAAGAUGACAUUAUUGACGCUAAAAAGAGAUAUAUAAAAAAAAAAGAAAAAAAGCAUUUAAAAAAAAUCUGUGUGAAUGAAGAUGAUUUUUGAAGAUUUAGUGAUGGACACUUUUUCCUGUCCCUCUUUCUUUUUCUUUUUUUUUUUGUCUUUUCUUUUCUACUUGUGAUUUUGUUUUUCUGUUCUGUGAUACUGACAGGGCGGGGUUAGACCUAGCGGGAGGGGUUAGGCGGGAUCUCAGGGUCCAAUCAUAUCUCUCUAUUUUUUUUUUUUUUUUAAUUUGAUUGUUUCAUUGUUUUCAUUGAGAUUUACUGUUUCGUCUGUUUUUAAACCUUUUUUUAUGCGUUCUGUUCCCUCAGAUCAAACUGUAGUUCAUCAUUUUCGUUUAGUAUGACUGGACAGUGACGGGACGGAGGCCCCGGCUUCCCACCUGUCACUCAUAAUUGCAGUGAAACCAUCUCAUUGGCUAUUUAACUUUGCUCUCGGCUUCCAGCUGCUCACAUGUCACCAGUGUUGAAGUAACGAAAAAGUAUUUUCAGCCAGUGAGAGGCUAUCCUUCUUUUUGUUUUGUUUUUCCUUUUUCAUGAAUUACUAUACUGUAUUAGAAGCAUGGCAGGUUGUCAGAUCAUUACAAGGGGUAUAUAUUUAGAUAUUUAUAUAGAAAUUAAGAUUUUUCUAUCUUUUUUUUUGUUGUUUUCCUGCGCCAUCUAUUAUAUCAUUACCUUUGGAAAAAAAAUCAACUUAUGUCAUUAGAAAGAUAAGCAAUUUAAAUGUUCUAUGAUAAUACUAAGUGUAAUAAAUGUACUGAAACCGUCAUUUUGAAUACUGUGACAGAGAAUAUUUACAGAAAGAGAUACCAAAUGUACAGUACGUUGCUGCCUGUCCGGUACUGAAAUACUCUCCUUCAAUCAGGUCCUCAUUUAAAAGUAUGGUGCUGUUGAGAUAUACUAUACUUGCUACACAAACCACAAUCUUUUUUGGUACCUACAGCUACAUGGUCAAGGGGUACAUGGGUUUAAAUGCCAGGGAAUCAGCACAUUAACAGAAAAGAAUCACAUGCAAUUUGUAAGAAAGUGGAAACCUAAAUUUUUUCAUUUGACAUCUCCACCAAAUGCACACAUUUUCCAAUCUUUGCAAAUGUGUGGGGUUUUUUUUAGUAAAAGGGAAUUUCCACCUUUUUUUUUUUUUUUUUAAAAGCUCUUCAAAGUCAACAUGUCAUUCCCUGAGCAGUUUCUAGUUUCCUCCUGUUUUCUCAACAGGGGACUGAAUUCUCCUGCUAUGAAAAAGCAGCACAGUCCUCAUCCUCGGCAGUUCGUCCCCAGCUGACCCGACGGAGGAAAUUAGAAAGUCGUGACGGUUAUUUCACCUGACAGCCAGUGCAUCCGGCCGCUACGGGCUCUGCACCUGAACCAAUCCGAUUCCCCGCUAGCCUGCUGGGAGAUACUGCCAGCUUUGCCGUAACAGAGUGGUCUCGAAAGGCUUCAACACAUGCAGGUCUGGAAAGUUUGCUCAAGUCUGGAAAAUCAAUUUGACCACUUCCAUGGUCUUGAAAAGUCAGAAAUUGCACCGAGUGUCUGUAGACAUACGGGGGGGGGACUACUUUUUACUCAGUCUACUGACACACACCUGUAUGCCUGCACACUUCAUCAUUGCAAAGAAUACUGUUCAAAUCUUCAAAUUCAGUUGAAAGAAACGGACUGGAAACCAUAUUUUUUAAAGCAUUUAGGAACCCCGCACAUAAAUCUAUGCCACCAUGCAAUUACAAGGGCCUAUACUGUGUCAUCACCACCCAUACAACAUCGAUCUCACGUUGUUCCCAGCCACUGUUUGUACAUUUCUGACUGUCUCUCUCUCUCUGUCACCCACGUCCAUACCACUUCUGUCUCCUCGUGCCGUUGAGAAUCACCUCUUUAAAGUAGUUUAUGAUGAUCUCUUGUCGAUGUAGUUGUUAUACCCAUUGUCUUAAGUCUUAUUUUUUUUUCCUUUUGUGUUUGUGAAUAUGUGCUAAUGGGUAUAUGGUUGCCUGAGAGAAAGUCGGGGUGAUUAAAAGGCACCGGCGUGUGUGCGCGUGCGUGCGUGCGUGUGUUUCUGUCUGUCUCUGUGUGUUUGUGCACAAAUAGUCUCCUGUUUUUUGUAGGACAUGGUUGCUUCAUUAACAGCUGCCUCAGGAUCCUAGCCUGUGCGUUAGGGGGAGAAACCAUUUUUGUCGGCCGUGAGCUGACCAACACAUGGGUGGGAGGGGGACGACACCAGCAUCGUAUAUGUAUAUACAUAAUAUACAGAUAUGACAACCUCUAAAGUAUAGGAACAAAAAGCAGAAUCAACUCCUGUAUUUAUUGUUGUAAAUCCUCAUACAGUGCAAACUGGCAAAAUUCUCAAACAUGUUUAAGUUGUCUAAAAAAAAUAAAAUAAAAACCUAUGUUUAAAUAUUGCAAGUGAUAAUGGUAGAUGAGCAAUAAUUAAAAAAAAUUCUGUAAUCUUAAUGAAUAAAGAUGUAAAAAAUUGUUA